CUAGACACCCACAUCGACACCAGCCCCCUCUCCCCGACUCUCGAGCGGAAGAACAGUCUGGAGAAGAAAUUGCAAACGAGACCCGAAGCGGAGGAGUUAAAGGAGAGGCAUAUUUUGCUGGAUACGGAUGUGGCGCCGGGGUUGCAGGCGAGGCAGAAGGAGUUGGAACGGCAGAGGGUUGCGGAUGGGUUGAGGAAGAACCUCGCCUCCCGCCCCACCGCCCCCGAAUUAAUCGAACGCAACAUCCUUCCCGAUUCCAAAGCCGCUCCGGCACUGCAGAGUCAGGAACGGGAACUGAAGAAGCAUUUGAGAGCGGAUUCGUUGGAGAAGGCUUUGCAGGGACGGCCGGAGAAGGGAGUGCUGGUCAGAGAGGGGAUUUUGAGGGAGGAUGAAGAG